GUGAUUAACUUCAAUUUGUCUACACGUGCCGAAAAAAAGACCAUAUAUCUGUGUGCUGAUAUGGAUAAUUCACAAGAAAAUCAUUUAUCUAGAGCGGAUAAAAAAUCAAUAUUGAUAGAAAAAGAGCUCAAAUUUGUACGAGCCCUUGCUGGUAAUAAUGCCAAACUCCGCCGAAAGGUUUUGAAAAAUCUCAAAACAUGGUUAGCAACCCGAAGUCGAAGUACAUUUGCUUUCACUGAUACGGAUUUUUUACGUCUGUGGAAAGGAUUAUUCUACUGCAUGUGGCUGGCAGAUAAACCACUCGUGCAAGAGGCAUUAGCUGAUGAUAUCGCGUCUUUGGUGAAAUGUUUUGAUAACAUAAUAAUUUCUCUGAAGUAUUUUGGAGCGUUUUUGGAAACAAUGUGUUUAGAAUGGUUUGGAAUUGAUCAUUGGAGGAUGGAUAAAUUUAUGAUGCUCGUUCGUCGGUGCACACGACAGACACUAAUACUUUUACAUGAGUCCGAUUGGCCGGUUGAACAUGUCAACAUUUUUAUGCAGCAGAUUGAGAAAACUGUUCUGAAUGCUGACAAAUGUCCUUUUGGAUUAACUAAGCACUUUGAUGAUUUACUCUUGGAAGAGGUGGCAAAAGUAAGUAAAGGCGAUGUUACAGAUGAAGCAAUGCAAGCAAUCGUUAAACCCUACGCCAUUCGUUUACUACAAACAAAUGAUAGACGAAUGAUUAAGCAUAUAACUUCGAGUAUAUUUCACUAUUUGAUAUAUCAGUCUGAACUCGGACAAGCAUAUCAGGAAAAGUUUGAGUUGUGGAAAAACACGAAUUUUGUGACUGGUAAUAUUGAUGAUGUGGAUUAUGAAGUACAGUAUGAAUACGAAGAAAACGACAAAGAUUACAAUACUGAGGAAAAAGAAAUGGUAUACGAUCCCCGUGCCGGCCAAGUGGAUGUUAUCAUUAACGCAAUUAGGUUUAAUGCCAUGAAAAUCAUAGAAAUAUUUGAAUGUAACCGAUAUAAGUCAUUCGUUACUUCUAAAGGAAAAAAGCAGAUGAAAAUGCUUGUAAAACAAUUAAAAAAAUUUGCUUCCGGGAUUUUUCCACUUGGGUUCCAAUCCGUGGCUAGUAUUACUGAAAAGGAUUACGCGGUGGACAUUGACGAGCAAAUUAAAGAGUUAGAGAAUUAUGAGAAGAAAACUGCUAAUAAAGAAACAAAUAGCAAAAAUUGUCAAAAAUUAACACAGGAAACCCAUGAUAAGUUCUGCGCUGAUAGGAAAAAAAUAUCUAGUAGCAAUAAUGUUACUAAUGGAAAAACGAAAAAGAAAUUAACAAAAAAACAGCUUAAGGAAAAAAUGUUGAUGCGUUUAAAAGAAAAACGAGAAGAAAAAUUGAAAAAUAUCAAAGAAGCAAAAGCUUCGAAACAAAAAAAUAGCCAUUCCGUUUCCACUAAAAAUGCCAUUCAAAAAUCAACAUUAAUUUUUACUUCUGCGGCAGGAAGCUCGAAAAAGCCUAGUAAAACAAAAAAAGCAUUUAACGAUACAGAUGACUGGCCAGGUAUUUCGCAAAACAGCGAGAAACUCCCCUCUACGCUAUUUUGCGAAGUGAAACAUAAAAAGUUAGCCAAAGCGCAAGUGUCUGAGUUUGGUGAUUUACUUGUCACCCCAAUAUCUAAGGUAAAAUGUUUAAAACGUGCUGCAUUAUCGACUGAUGAAACUACAAAAGUAAAGAAACGAGUUAAAAUUGCUUUGAACAGAAACGUAUCUCAAGACUUGCAACAGCACAUUGCACAGGUAGAACGUUCUCCUCAAGUACCUUAUGAUUCAGCAAGAAAACCAGUGAAAGGCGCGUUGAAACCAAACUUGCUACCAAGUCCUAUCAACCCAUUUUACCGCAAAAAAAUUGGGUUAAAGCUAAAUGAUACAUUGUAGAAAAGCAGCUGCUCGUUGUUUCAGAGAAUAAUAAAUAUUCUGUUAAAUAUAUAAGUCUUUGUUUCAAAUAACGAAAUUAUACAGCCCGGACUCGAUUAUCCGGGUGUUCUUUUAUUUUCAGCCCGGAAAAUCUAAUCAUAUUUUUGGUACUAAAGCUAAGGCUGUGCACCAUUUCGCGAAAUUUUUAACUUUGUUCAUAUAGAAUCCCACGAGUUGAGGGGAAAGAAGAGUCCGCCGCAUCAGAGCCCCUCAUGAUGCGGUAAGGGCUGAUUACUGCGGAGGGCGCUCUGGUAGGGUAACCAACAGAAUUUGGAC